GACACAAUCAAAAAAAUCCUUCUUGUUUUAGCUCUUCGAAAGCGAACAAAUGAAAACCGCACAGAUAAUGAAUGACCGUGACGUAAACCGUUUCUCGUAGAGUUGCAAAAUGUUGGCAAAAGUUCUGAAAAAAUAGCUUUCCAAUAUACCCAUCAACGCUUGCAGAAUUUGAUCGCAUUUCACUCUAUUCGUGAAAUUAUUGCCAAGUUUCCCGUUGUAUCUUCGGACAUCGAUCACUUUUUCGUCGUAAGAAUAUCCUUUCUGUACAUAGCAAUUUCACAUCAUGUUUAUUUGGGACUGGUUCACCGGAGUACUCGGAUACUUGGGGCUGUGGAAGAAAUCCGGAAAGCUGUUGUUUUUGGGUCUAGACAACGCUGGAAAAACCACCUUAUUACACAUGUUAAAAGACGACCGACUAGCACAGCAUGUGCCAACUUUACAUCCCACAUCAGAGGAAUUAUCUAUUGGUAAUAUGAAAUUCACUACGUUUGAUCUUGGCGGACAUUCUCAAGCCAGAAGAGUGUGGAAAGAUUAUUUCCCCGCUGUGGAUGCCAUAGUUUUUUUGAUCGAUGUAUCAGAUUCCAGUCGAUUUAACGAAAGUAGAGUAGAAUUAGCUGGGUUAUUGAACGACGAAGCUUUAUCAUGUUGCCCGCUUUUGAUAUUAGGAAAUAAAAUCGAUAAACCACAAGCUGCAUCGGAAGAUUCAAUUAGACAUUUUUUCUCACUGGAUACCAUUACUACGGGUAAAAGUAAAAUUAGUCGAGCUGAGCUGCAAUCACGUCCAAUUGAGUUAUUCAUGUGCUCCGUUUUGAAAAGACAAGGAUAUGGAGAAGGUUUCAGAUGGUUAGCUCAAUACAUCGAUUAGUAUGUUACUUAAUACGUCGGCCGUUUUGUUGUUUGUAUAAUUAAUUCAUCGAUUGAAAGAAAACUGAUAUCGUGAACUUAAUUAAUUUUUAAUUCUUUCAAAAUGGUAGAUUACGUGGAUAUCGAAUGUUUAUCUUUUCUUUUUUUCCUUUUUUUAUUACUGCAAUAAUGUUACUUUUGUUAUUUUAUUACCUGAUGUUUUUAUACAAUGUUUGUAUAUAUAAUAUUUCGGUUGUACGUACCUAUUACAAAUUUAUACGCCGUUGAAAUGUGUGAAUACGUUGCUUUGCAGUUUUAAUUCAAUUCGUGUUCGAAUAAGGCCAUAAAAUUUUAAUUAAGCUACAAUUUGUAAUGAAUUAUCAUAGAUACUCGUCUCGUCGGACCGACCGUUUUCCUUCUUUACGUCUUUUUCGUCAAAAUAUUUUCCACUAAAAUGGUUGAGGGUGUUAAAAAAUUUCUUUUUCGGUGGAAAGGUUGAAUAUUUUCUUAUCUCUUCGUUGUGACGUAUCGUAAUUCAUUGAAAAUGAAAUCUAUCAUGAAGUAAUUCUGUUUUUGAUUGAACAAUGUACAUUAAUUUAUUGUUAAAUAUUUUUGCCUGUGUAUUAAAUUAAUGUGUGUUGUUAGAAUAUAUAAUGAUGAAUACAUUAAUAUGGCUUAAAUGUUCAUCUUCAUCUUGAUUUUUAUAUAAGUUAAACAUAUUACGUUCUGCGUUGAAUCGUUUACAUUGUGUAUUUUAUGUUCCACGUUUUUUUGUUUUGAAUUUUCAAAUUAUUCCUUUGUGGCUGUUAUUUUGAGAACGUUAUGAUUUUGUUUACCAUUCUUAUGUCUUGAAGAGGAGUUUUAUCGAUACACGUGUGUAUGUAGUAUGUAUUAAGCUCUUAAUCAAGUUUGAAAAAGCUAACAUUUAUUUGUGUAAACAGCGUUUGCUUUAUCUUAUUUUUACCUUAGUUCAUGUCAAUCUAAAAGAAAAUCAUUCCAAAUAACAA